CGACAUCUGCGAUCAACCGUGCAAAGGGGAAUCCCCAGAGUCGAUUGCUGACCAUUUGUGACUUGCAAAAUUUCUUUAGCAAAAGUCUGAAAGUGGAUUUUACUCGUCUUGUUCAUCUUUUUUUGUACCUUUCGUGUUGCAAAAUGGCGGGAGAACCUGAAGCAAACACACACAUUCUUGAGCCCAAUGAAAUCGGACCAUUCGUUUCUGAAUGCAUUGUUAAGGAAGCUCAGAAAAGUAUAUCAGAAAGAGGGAUUUUCACUUUAGGUGUUUCCGGUGGAAGUAUCGUUAACAUAUUGUCUGAAACAUUAGCGAAAAAAAACAAUGUAGAUUGGGGGAAGUGGAGAAUAUUUUUUUGUGACGAAAGACAUGUACCAUUCACCGACCCAGAAAGCACUUUCACACAAUACAAAAACAAAGUUAUUGAUGUUGUUGGCUAUGAAUCAUCGUGGAUUGUCAUUGACCCCAAUCUAACAGUGGAAAAAUGUGCAGCCGAUUAUCAAACGAAAAUACAAAAUGUAUUCAAAUGUGAAACUGAAUUUCCAAAGUUUGAUAUGCUGCUUCUGGGAAUGGGACCUGAUGGUCACACUUGCUCUUUGUUUCCUGAACAUAAGUUACUGGAGGAGAAAGAUCUUAUCAUUGCACCUAUAUCGGACUCGCCAAAGCCACCACCAAAACGAGUUACCAUGACCUUACCAGUUUUAAACAAUGCAAGAAAUGUUAUAUUUAUAUCUGCUGGGGCAAGUAAAGCGGAAACAAUUAAAAAAGUGUUUGACAAAUCAUCUAAGUUGCCGGCAAGUCUUGUGAAACCUACAGAUGGAAUUCUAAGAUGGGUGAUGGACAAAGCUGCUGCAAGCUUACUUUGAUUUAGUUUACUGAGCUGCCAUAUCGAUGCUCAUGUAACUGUUCUUCAACGCUGGCAGUGCACUUCACAAUACUAUAGUAAAUGAUGCAAUUCUUUAAAUUUUAUUUUUGCAUUUUCAAUCUUGAUUGAAGUUGAUAAAUAUUCAAUAAAAAUUAGAACAGCA